GGAAGGGGAAAGGAAAAGGGCAAAGGAAGGCCUGGAACGGGCUGCGUUUCUCUUUCUCAACCCUCUCCCCACUCGGGGUAGCUGCCCAGGAUUAUAUUCAGUCUUCGGAAGAGCUGUGAGGAGAGAAGGGAUCUUGGUGUCUGGAAGUACCUCAAUCUUGAGCAACUAUGUCAAACCCCAGUGCUCCACCUCCAUAUGAAGAUCGAAACCCCCUUUAUCCUCCUCCUCCAGCAGGAGGAUACCCUGGGGGUUACCCAGCCUACCCCCAGCCAGGCUUCGGACACCCAGCUGGGUAUCCUCAGCCUAUGCCUCCCAUCCAUCCAAUGCCCAUGAACUUUGGCAGAGGUGAAGUCUAUGGGGGAGAGGAGCCUGCAGUGAGUGACAGCUUUGGGACUGGAGAAUGGGAAGACAAGAAGGUCCGACACCGCUUCAUCCAGAAGGUUUAUACCAUCAUCUCAAUCCAGUUGCUCAUCACAGUUGCCAUCAUCGCUAUUUUCACCUUUGUGGAACCUGUUCGAGGCUUUGUGAGGAAGAACUAUGCUAUCUACUAUGCUUCCUAUGCUGUCUUCCUGGGCACAUACCUGACCCUUGUCUGCUGCCAGGGACCCAGGCGCCGCUUCCCAUGGAACAUCAUCUUGUUGACCAUCUUUACCCUAGCAAUGAGCUUCAUGACUGGCUGCAUAGCCAGUAUGUAUAACACUAAAGCGGUCAUCUUGGCCAUGAUCAUCACCGCCAUCGUCACCAUUGCUGUCACCAUAUUCUGCUUCCAGACCAAGGUGGACUUCACAUCCUGUGCUGGGCUUUUCUGUGUGCUCGGCAUUGUCUUGACAGUGACUGGAAUUAUCACUGCCAUUGUGAUGGCCUUCAAAUAUGUCUAUUGGCUUCACAUGCUGUAUGCUGCCCUGGGAGCCAUUGCAUUUACUCUGUUUUUGGCAUAUGACACACAGCUGGUCUUGGGGAACAGGAAGCAUACCAUCAGCCCAGAAGAAUAUAUCACAGGCGCCCUGCAAAUCUACACGGAUAUCGUCUACAUCUUCACCUUUGUGCUGCAGCUUCUAGGGGAUCACAAUUAAGGGGGCCUCCCUUCUCUUCCACGUUCCUUCUUUCCUUCCUCUCUUUCUGGGUUGGCCAGUCUUUGCUGUGCCCUUUUCUCUCAGUAACUUCCCCAGGAAGGCUUCUGCUUGUUGCUUGUGACAUCUGGGGGAGCAGUCCUGUCUGGGGCUCGUCUGUAGGGAGGGACAUGUUGGACUGGGGCCGCCAGUGCGUGACUUAUUCUCUCCUGACUCGUCCAAGGCUGAAUCCCAGAUCUCUUCUUGUCAUCGCUGCCCUGCCAGGGGUGUGUGAUGAGAUCAUUCUGUCUCACUAACUAAAGGGAAACAAGGUGCAGGGAUGAUUUCAAGGAAACGCGAUGCCUUCUCUUCUGGGGAUUCCGUACUGAGCUGCUAUCUGCAAGGCCCUCCUCCCUGUCAUUUUCCCAAUGGGAUUGGAGAAUGGGGCCAGUGCCUACUCUCCCUCUUGCACUUGGAUCCCAAAUCCUAUCCUCUUCUUUGUUCUCUCCUUGUCCCCCCACUCCCCAUAGUCCUUCCUUCUCACCCUUUGUACAGAUGUGAUCCAGUGAUGUGUAUGUGUAUAUAUAUAUAUAUAUAUAUAUAUUGUUUAUUGUGGGCUGGGCACAACAUAUGCCAGUGCCCAGUCCUGGCCCACCUACCAUAAACCCUGACCUCUGCCUAAGGCCAUAGGGUUUACCUCUGAAGCUCAGUCUCUACCCAUCUCCAUCCAGCUCCUUCCCAUCACCUGGCCAAUGGGAGUGGGGGUAGUUUCUUCUUUCAUCUUUAUCUCUGGCACCCUAGACUUGUGGCCAAGGGAGGUGUAGUGUAAGAAUGGGAAUGGGUUGAUAGCAUGACAGGGGCCACCCCAACUUUCGAUACCUUACUCGGGGGUCUAAGAGGCGGAGCUAGCGAUCCUGCCUGGGAGUUGGCAGGGAUGCAGAUAGCUGGGUUGGUGUUCACCACUUCAUCCCCUGGGCCCUAUGUCUCUGCAUCCCAGGAGUUCUUGCCUCAGACCCCUUCUCACAGAAUCUAACCUGCAAGAGACCCUACUGUGGUUCUAGGGCGAGCCCCCCACUGUGCAGAUGAAAAGAACUCAGGCCCGGAGCUAAAGUGGUUUGCUCUAGUUCUCACAAAGAGCUGUAGAACUACCCCGAGAACCUGGGUGGUUUUCAUAGCACACUUUAGUUCUGGGCUGGUUGUUGGGAUGGGAGAUUCGGCUCUCCCUCCCUCAGGAUGAUUCAAGUCGAAUCCCCAGCAGGACUUUUAACACCAAGUGCCUUAUGAGGGAGGAGGGACCUGAGGGCCAGCGUUCCUGCCUCAGGCCCAGCACAAGGGUCAGAGAAGGGCUUCUGUCUACGAUCUCCCUGGAGUUGUGAGCACCAGAGUUGUAACGGGAAAUCCAAUAAAAAUCCAUGUUGUCACUCUA